GCCACAUUUCCGCGGGGACAAUAUUUUGGCCAAAAAUUGAUCAAGAAUUGGUAAGUUAAAUUAGUUCGUAUUAAUUAUUGAAAUUUACAUUCGCAUUCUUUCUUGCAGAUCAAAAAGUAUCAACUACACCGGCAGAGCAGCGGGCGGACAAUUUGUGCUGUUGAAGGCGAGAAUUGGCCACCUUUCUGGACAAGUGGACGAGCCAGUCAGCUGAAAAGGAUUUUUCGCACGUCACGCCUGAGUAAUCCGCUUCAAAGCUGCUCAGCAACGACUAGACAGACUUCCGGCAAGGAUACCUGCACCUGCUUUGGCGGCUAUUUUAUAAUCACAACAACGCGAAGUUGAUACGGCAUUGGUCGCGCUCCAGCUGUGUACCUUUGUGUUGUGGUGACCCGGAAUUUCGGUUGUUCUUUGGCGUGCGAUACGUUUCUCCCGGCGCCUCCGCUCUUGAGUUUGGCCUGGCGUGUUGGAACCAGAUUUGUACUCCAUGCGCGUCACCGGUGCAUCUCCGCGAGCGUCUGGACCAUCUGGACAAUCUUGCCGCGUCGUGUGUUUGCUACAGCUGGCGGUGCUCAAGAUCGCCCUCCUCAACGUUUUAUACAAGGCGAGCCUAGCGUCGCGCCAAGCCUACACUCUUGGGACGCUCGUUGGACAGGUUGCCAAUCGGUGUAUGUGUACGGGAUUCGCGAGAUGCCGAGUUUUUCCGUCUGACCUUGUGCCCUCUAAGUGAUCCUCCCCGUUUGCGAGGUCCUUCAGAUACAACUCUGGGAGCUGCUGGUGGCGGUCUGAGGUGCUCGUCGUGUAAAACUUGCAGUUCGCGUGUUGCAAACGAUUCGGAGAUGCGAUCGAGUAAGGCUCAGCACUCGUUGGGUGUUUGCUGUGCAGGCAUCUGUAAACUACAUUUGGUGGGAAGAAUGAUUUGGAUCUGAUCGAUUAUUCCAACAUUGAAGCGUGGGUUCGACAAACACCUCGACAGACCCAACAGCUAGCGGAGAUUCUGUCAUGCCACGGCGUCCAAACUGGGGCUCGUUCCAGGCGGACGGUCCCCUAGCGGAGGCCGCUCCGCUCAAGUUGAUCCUCAAGGUGAAAAUCGGAAAUGGAAUCACGAUCGUGGCGCAAUGCUUGGGCACCUUCGUUGCUCUUGUGUGGAGUCACUUGGGAUCCGGCAUGAACCUGAGUCCGCACCAGGACCUUUCCCGAAGGCGCGUAGAGGAAAAGAGCCAAAAUCUCCAGGACGAGGAGAACUUCCGGCGUGCCAGCUCGGAACUGAGUCUAAAAUAGGACGCGGAAAUCAUCUAGAUCGCCGGCCCAAGCACGCUAGCAUCACCUCUAUCCAAGCAUAUUAGCAUCACCUCUAUCCGAGUGGCCCCGCCGCCGACGUCACUCGCCCACUCUGUUGCACAAAACGUCAAACGCUGACAUCAACCGUGCAUCAACGAGUGCACUGCGGAAACGCCUCCUCCUUCUCCUAAAGCAACUUGUCAACGGCGACGACGGCGCCCAGCAGUACCCAGCUGCACCACGGAC